GAGGGGAAGAAGGGGUCGGGGGCUGAGAGCGGACUGAGCCGGGAUGGGGUCGGAGGGUCGGCUGGGACUCGGGGUUGUGUUGGUGGGGCUGCUCCUGACUCCUGUGCUGCUACUGGGGACCCACCAAGGAGAACGGGUCACAGCCUUGUGGCUGCAGAAUGGAAGAGCUGAGAGAUCAGCAGAUCUACUGGAUAAGGGGACUCCAGACCGGGGAGAGAUACUGGUGUCAUCAGAAGGAAGGCAGUUCACCCUGAAAGUGGAGAGAAAUCAUCUCCUGUUUGCCCCCGGCUACACUGAGACACAUUACACUGAUGGGCACAUGGUGACGUUGUCCCCCAAUCACACGGAGCAUUGCUAUUACCAUGGGUAUGUGCGCGACUAUGAAGACUCCUCUGUCGCCCUCACCACUUGCUCAGGAAUCAGUGGCCUGAUUGUACUGAGUACUAAUGACAGUUACUACCUGAAACCGCUGGAGGUGCCAGUUAAAGAAACCCAUACGCUGGUCCGGACCGAGCACCUGCCAAUCAAAGGUGGGAGUUGUGGGCAUGAUGGACCCUCAGGAAGCACCGCCUCUUACUUAAAGGACUUUACAGCACCUCUUGCCUAUCACAGGGUAAGAAGAAACAUCUGGAGGUCUCAGAAAUACAUGGAACUGUUUAUUGUUGCAGAUUACAGCAUGUUUAUGAAACAGAAUCAGAAUCUAGUGAGCACCAAGCUGCGUGUACUUGAGAUUGCAAACUAUGUAGACAAGUUCUACAUGUCCAUGAACAUCAAGGUGGCUCUGAUAGGCCUAGAAGUCUGGACAGAGAGGGAUCAAUGUGAUGUGAAUGACGAUGCCAACGACAGCCUGAGAUCCUUCUUACAAUGGAAGCAAAAGUUGCGGUCUCGGAAGAAGCAUGAUAACGCGCAGCUAAUAACAGGGGUGACAUUUAAAGGAACGACCAUUGGGAUGGCACCACUGGAGGGCAUGUGCACUGCUGAGAACUCCGGUGGAGUCAGUAUGGAUCACUCCGAAAAUGCAAUUGGAGCUGCAGCAACAAUGGCUCAUGAGAUUGGACACAAUUUUGGAAUGAGCCACGACAACAAUGGCUGCUGCGUGGAAGCCACUCCAGAACAAGGAGGCUGUAUCAUGGCUGCUGCUACCGGGCAUCCAUUCCCUCGCAAGUUCAGCUCGUGCAGUCAGCAGCAGCUCAUGAGUUAUUUCCGGAACGGGGGUGGAAUGUGCCUAUUUAACCUGCCAAACACCAAGGACCUGGUGAUGGGGAAGAAGUGUGGAAAUGGGUUCCUGGAAGAAGGGGAGCAGUGUGAUUGUGGGGAGCCAGAGGAAUGCGCUAAUUCCUGCUGCAAUGCAAAUAACUGCACUUUAAAAGAUGGUGCCGAGUGUGCUCAUGGCGAGUGUUGCCAGGACUGUAAGCUGAAACCUGCAGGGUCCCAGUGCCGAGAAAUGGCUGGAUCCUGUGACCUUCCAGAAUUCUGCACGGGGGAUGCCCCUUUCUGUCCCCCCAAUGUGUAUAUACUGGAUGGAUCCUCAUGUGCUCACGGGGACGCAUAUUGUUACAAUGGCAUGUGCCUCACUCACCGGCAGCAGUGUAUCCAUCUUUGGGGUUCAGGAGCUGUGGUUGCCCCUGACAUCUGCUUCCAAGAUGUGAACAAAGCCGGAGAUCAGUAUGGAAACUGUGGAACCAAUGGAAGAGGGCAAUUUGUGAAGUGUACAUUCCGAGACGCUAAGUGUGGAAAAAUCCAGUGCCAAACGAGCUCAGAAAAGCCAAGAGACUCCAGCAUGGUCAAAGUGGAGAACACCAUCAUUAUUAAUGGGCACAAGAUGAAGUGUCAGGGGGUACAUGUCUACUCCAUGCAAGAAGAAGAAGGUGACCCGGGACUUGUGAUGACUGGAACCAAGUGUGGAGACGGCAUGGUGUGCAGAGAUCGUCGCUGUCAGAAUUCCUCCUUCUUUGAGCUCCACCAGUGUGUUUCUAAGUGCAAUGGACAUGGGGUCUGUAACAGCAACAGAAACUGUCAUUGUGAUUCAGGCUGGGCCCCUCCCUACUGUGACCAACCUGGAGCGGGCGGCAGUCAGGACAGUGGCCCAGCACCCAGUGGCAUACCUGUCGGUGUCACCAUUUUCUUGGCGUCCCUGUUCCUUGUUCUGCUGUUGGCCCUGGCGUUUCUGAUGUUCUACUGGCACCGAAAACCAGCUUCUCUUCUGAACAAGUGGCUAAUGAAGAGCAAAGCAAAAUGCAGCUUAUGCAAAGCCACCCAACCAAAGGCAAAGAGAGCGUAUUCAAGUACAGUAUUCUCCCUGCGCAACAUCUCCUAUCCAGUUCAAUCCACCAGCAAUCAAACUCGAGCACGGGACAGUUUCCAGGGAAAACCCACUGCGGCUCCAAACAGUUCUCAGCCCGUUAACGUUGUGCAACCUCUUCGUCCUGCUCCCGGCCCAGUGAUCCAACAUGGGCUACAGGGAAAGCCUUUUAGAUCUCCUCCUGCUCCAAUGAAACCAUCACCAAUUCUGGCAGCAAGAGAAGAUUCUGUUCAUGUCAAGCUACUACCUCCCAACAAACCUCUACCUUCUUGUCCCAUCAGGACUCAGCAGCUGAACCCGCCUUCCAAACCACUGCCGGUGACUCCUGCUCACAAAGAGCCACUGUUGGUUCUGACUCCUGCCACACACAAGCCUCCCAUCACCAACUCUGCUACCCAACUUAAAGGGCCACACAGGCCAAUACAAGGGGCCAAGGUCCAAGCUGCUGUUGUUGCCUUUCUCCAGAGAAAAUAACAGAGAAUCGAAUGAAAUCCAAAACCAGGGAUUCAUAUCCAAAUAUUUGCACUAGAAGGCAAAAGGUAUCAGACUUGGCUCACACAUCCAGAGGGAGUAAUGGGUCAUCUAUGGUCCUGGCCGUCUGUCUUGGACUGAGAAAAAGAACCUCUGUUCUUGGGUCAUCUCACAUGGUACUCACUGAAUCCCAAUGGCUGUGUGCUGGAGUGUAUGUUUAUUUAUGCUUGUAGCUGCCUAAGGCAUCAUUUUCUUCAUCUUCUUCUGGAACAUUUUUGUUGGGGUAUAUACAUUUAUCCAAUUAUUCAGCUUAUAGGAACUUCAAUUUGGGCAGUAAUUCUGCCAGUUUUGUCAUUCUCUGACCUUUAUUAGUAAAUACAAGAUCUUGGUGCCAUUGACUUUAGUUCAUGAUCUCUUCAAACGUUCCUUACAAUCAUCAGGUUCUAUAUGGAUUAAAAAUCAAACCUGUAUUAUGUAUCUUAAUAGCAUUAGAAUAACAUGUACCAUUGACGAAGAGGCACUUUAAAGCAAUUCCAGCUGAAUGAUUCCGGAUAUGCAAAAAUCAGCCAAAUUCCACAAUAUUGAACAAAUCUAUCCUGCUUAUUCAUGGACUCCAUGCUUCCGACUCUGACCCAGCUUGGCCUGACCUUCCUUUCUUGAAAGAGGCGGUGAAACCAACAGAAAAAAGUUACCACCAUAGCUUGUCAGGGUGGAGCACUCAAGAUGCCACCGUAUUUACUGGAGCCUUUUGCUGUAUGACUUCAGACAUUCUUUGAUGAAUGUUUAUCCAGUGCAAUAUGUUGUGUCCAUCCAUGAUGGUGCCUUAUUUACACGCAUGCACAUUGUAUUGUAUUAUACUGCAUUCAUUGUACUACUUACUCCUAUAAUCGUGGUAGCCCAAUGUAGUACAAUGUAAAUUACGUGAGAUGAUUAGACAUUUCACAAUAUGCAUUUGUUUCAUGAUGCCCCUGUAGUGGUUUUAGAGAAACAACAUUCCCAGCAAUUCCUUUGCGCUAGAAAAAAACUGAGCAGGUGGUUGGAUAACCUGUCAUUUUACACUGACCAAACACAUUCCUGUAAAUUUAUAUGAAAGUAUUAUUGAUAUCGGCCUCUUCACUUCCAAAGUUGUGGGCUCAUCAUGUAUGGCCCCUCGUACAGUAUUUAACUGUAUUGCUAAGCGCUCCAGUCAUAGAGGAUCUCUGCUGCCCCCUACUGUCUGAAUAGAUACUUUUCUAUUAAACCGUAUCAAAUAUUUUCCUUUACUGCUAAUUUAUAUAUCCAAAAUAUCCAGUCUUUGUGUUUCCAUAUUUAACAUUCAUCUUAACUCUAUGUUACCCCUAAUAUUGGGGUUGCAAAAAUAUGGUAUCAUGGUUGUUAGUUUGUGUGGGACGUUUCUUACUUUUUUUCUUCUUGCAGAUUUACAUGUUAGUAGGAGCUGCCAUAUAUCUUUCAUGACCUGGGGCAUUCUGUUAGGCUUCAGUAGAGCAGCACCUCACGCUGCUGAUAAACACUUUGCUUUGAUGUCUACAGAAGAUGUCCCACCCAAAGGAGACAAUAUGACCAUUAUCAUUAACAGGACAUUAGUCGCCUCUUCUUCAGGGCGCCAAUCUCCCCGAACUGCCUUCCCCUUUCCGAAGUCGCCCGGUUUCCUCGUGAGGCAACUUUGAAAAACGAAGAGUGCAAUCCCGCUGGCAAUUUUUCAUUGUAGCCAGCGGGAAGGUAGGGGAAGGCAGUUCGGGGAGAUUGUUGCCUCGAAGAAGUCGCCGGGGCGACCCUUACAAGUUACAUUAAGGGUCAGGGCACACGUUCAGAUUUGGGGAGAUUAGUUGCCUGGCAACAAAUCUCCUCUUCAUCAGGGCGACUAACCUCGGAUGACACUCGGAUCAAUUUGUUUUCCAAAGUCGCCCGAAGUUUCUUCGGGAGUCACUGGGCGACUAAUCUCCCCGAAUCUGAGCGUGUGCCCUGACCCUAAAUAUGUAGAGAGGAGAUGUUCCAGCAGGAGAGAUAUUUAGCUUAAUAUCCUUUAGCUGUUGAUGGGGUGCUGAGAGUUCUACAACAUCUUGGGGGGGGGCACAGUAUACCCAUGUCUGCUUUGCACUCAUAAAACUUGUUUAGUAUAUAUUUUUUUCAAUGAUUUAGCCUUUUAACAUGGAUUAAAGGAGAUAAGCCAUAUUUUCUUCAUAGGCGCUGAGUGCUGGUUUCAGGAAGCAAAUCUGUAAGCCCAAUGCCUACGACUCGCUCCCUUGUGAGAGUCACUGGGCUAGUGAGGGAGCCAAGAUAAUGCACAGAGUUUAGAUGAAACUGUCAUCCUUAGCCCUCUCUUCUGGCUCCUUCAUGCCCCCUACCCUCCAGCACACUGAGCCCAUAGCCUUACACUCCAACAGGGACCCUCAUUAAUGAAAUAUGUUUACAGGGCUCUCGCAGACCCCAAAAGUUGUACUUUCUGUUAGCACUCUAUUA